UUGGCUGCCUUCCCGCCCCUUCGGAGGCAGGAGGGUCCUGGUGGAGGCAGCCGCCCGGCCUCCUUCCCCGCCCCCGAAGCCCCCUCCCCCGGGCCCCCAGCCUCUAUAGAGGCCGGCCGGGCGGAGGGCCGUCCAGAGAGGGUUUCCUUCGCCCGGCCACACGCAGCCCAGCUCCGCCAUGGACCGCCGCCCGCUCGCCCUCCUGCUGCUGCUCCUGCUCGCCGCCCUGCACGGCUCCCGCGGGAAGCCCAUCAGCCUGACGUACCGCUGCCCUUGCAGGUAUUUUGAGAGCCACGUGUCCAAGUCCCAGAUCAAGCACCUGAAGAUCCUGACCGUCCCUGGAUGCCCCCUUCAGGUCAUCGCAAGACUGAAAAACAGCAGCAAGCAGAUCUGCAUCGACUCCAAGUUAAAGUGGAUCCAGGAGUACCUGGAGAAAUACUUUCAAAAGAGAGUCAAGCUGUAAGCGAGGAGCAGCGCUGCCUGCCUGCGGGAUGCUUCUCCGUAGGAGCCGGAUCCCUCCGUCCCCCACGUAGGAAAUGGCUCCGUACGCAGCACCCUCUUCCAGGCACCAGCACGCCCCCCCCCAGUCCUCGGCAAAGGAGAGCCUCGGGCUCAGGGCUCCACGGUGAAGUUCUCGGCGCCCCCCGAGGCUCCACGCUUGCCCCCCCCUCCCCCCGAGUUCCUUAUUUGCACAGAAACGCCUUGUCUUUGCCAAUAUUGUCUGAUGUAGCAGGAACUGCUUGGUUUAUUUUUAUUUUUUUAUUUUUGUGUCACUAACUUCAAGAGCAGCAACUUGUAUGAACAGAGCAUUAAUCCUCUUCUUCUGCUGUGCAGAAUCCGGGCAGUGACCCCUUGAUACGUUUGCAUGGGAGAGAAGGGGGGAGGGAGGAGGGGGGAGACUUUGGGGAGAAUCAUUCAAAGGGUGUGUGUGUGUGUGUGUGUGUGUGUGUGUGUGUGUGUGUGUGUGAUGGCCAACGCUGUCUUACGCUAUAGUGGUUUCAGGCAGCGAGGGAGGCCUCCAGGCAGCCAAAAGAUAAUUUUCAGAGAGUGAGAGAGAUGGAAAGGAUUUCCGGUCUCCGCAUUCAGAAUCGGGAGAAGGAGUGCAUGGCGGAUAUUUCUAUUUCUUCUCAGGGAACCCUAUCUGUGCCGUAAGCGACCAAAUUUUAUGUCUCACAAGCUGAAGAGAUUUUUAUUGUAAUCAUUUCUAGGAUACUAUGAAUUAUUAUAAACACUUUUACAAGUGAGCCCUGUGGAGUUUGCUCCUGGACCAAAUAGCAGAACAUUUUUUUUUUAGUUGUGGUAAAAAGUAGCUUUUGAAAAUCAGACUUUAUUACAUUAAAUGGAAAACGAGCUGCCUUCACAGCCACUUCCCUCCCCUUAGAAAGGGAACCCCGCACCUCCUCACACAAUCCGCACCACAGCGAACAGAGAGGUUCUCCCAAUCGUUUCCUCCCACUUUUAACCACCCAAACAGCAACAACAAAUUGCCAUCCAGGAUACGAGAGUGGAGACUCAGGACUCCGGUGGCCUUUAAAUGCAGCUAGAAUGCAAAAAUAUUUACUUUCUUGUUCAAAUUGAAAUGCCAAAGAUAAACUCCAAUUAGCACUAGGUCGCCAGUCUUAAUCGGCUUCUUCAAAUAUAUUUUCCCAUCUCCAAAUUCAGUGUACCAAAGAUGAGACACAUCAGCUUGUUACUAUUGGGAGGAUCGUAAGAUGUUUUGCUAGCAUGGUUUAGUUUUGUGCAUCCCCCCCCCUCAAAAUAAAAGAUGCAAUGAGCUUUCAGUAGCUAUAAUUGGGGCUAUCAAGGCAGCUCCAGAUUGCCCAGCAAUGACUUAAAUCAGAGCUUCUUCAACUUGCAACUUUAAGAUCACCGCACUUCAUCUCCCAGAAUUCCUUAGCCAACAUGACUGGCUGGAGAAUUCUGGAAGUUGAAGUCCAAAGAGAUUACAGUUGACAAGGUGGAGAAGCAAUAACUUAAAUAAUGGGACGUUGGGAGGGGGCGUAUCAUUGUGGACUGCUGGGGGUUCAAUUAUAUCUAACACUGCAGGCACACGCGCAUCACAUACACACUCACAACCUUCUAGUCCUACCCAUUCCACGCACAAUGACCUGCUUCCGGAUAUAAUAAUAAGAGUAUUCCGCAUAUUAUGCUAUGUUCCUAAAUACCUUUGGCAAAGCUAAACGCUGUUCAACUGAGAGUAGUCCCACCUUCCUUUGGAUCGUGGAGGAUUCUGUUAGUAACAGGAACUUGCUGGGCAGGUGUUACCUUUGGAGGCUAUGCUACAUAUUGGGAGUGCUAAUUAAUACUUCCUAUUCUUAAUAUACGCUUUUACUAAGGAGAAAAUGAAUUUAACUUCCAAAAACCAUCGAGGGACCCACACAAGAGUUAGGGUUCAAAUUCCAGAUGCCCCAAAGGUAUCUCAGUAACCCUAUUUUUUAAAAGGGCAUGGAAACUGCAGGGGGCCAGAGGCCUCUGCAGACCCUUAGAGGAAGUGAAAAACCAGCUGAUUGCUGGAUGGCAGAAAUCACGCGGAUUCCACCAGGAGCGUCCCGCCGCGCGUGAUGCUUACGAGGGGUUCCUGCUGACGCCCCUCGGCUGCGCUCAGGCAGCAGUUCCGAAAUCCCUCCGUCAGAAACCAGUUAGCCUUCCUGCCCUGCUGUGGCUUAGCAGAGAGAGAGAAAGGAGGCGUGAGAGAGAGGGAGGGGGGAAAGAGGGGCUCAGGUGAGCCCCAUCUUGAGGCAGCCCGGCAGGGACUCCCUAAGAGACAGGCGGCUCUCUCGGCCUGGAGGAAGAUCAGAUCCGGCUUUGACGCCUGGGUCGUUUUCAGGGCAAGCAGUGAUUCGUGCUAUCGUUCUACGGAGGGUCCAGUUGGCAGGCCCACAGGUUUUCCCAAAAUAAUGUGAAAAAGACUUUUCAUCGUGAAAAGAAAAAUGUAUUAACUACUUCAUGCAACUUUUUUUUGUAAAUAUAUAUUUUUGCAAAGUAUGUAAGCACUUGUUAAUUUUCUUAAUAAAGUUUGUAUUCAGUUUUC